AUGGAAGCAGAUGACUCGGUUGAUCCGCCCAAUUCGCUGACAUCCUUCGCAAGCCCAGUUCUCUUCAAUGAUGAAGGCUUCGAAAUUUUCGGAUCGACUGAUGGAGAGGCUGGUUCCGUUGGAAGCGUUGUGGAGUUGGAAAUGGAGCGACCAUCUCUAUCUUCUCGUGGAAAACAGGCUUGGCCGUGUAUUGAAGGAAUGCGUGCAAUCGAGCUGGUGGAGUCGAAGUGCUACAGGACACCUCAUGGAUUUCAAAAGGAGGCAACAUUCCCUUGUCAAACUCUUUAUGAAGAACCUUCUACAUCGAACUUUGGAGGAAAUGACCUAGUUGAUACUGUUCCUGAGCAAGAAGAAGCACAGAACUUUUCGGAAACAAGUCGACGUGGACCUCUUGAAAAGUUCACAUUAAUGAUCGGAGAAAACAUCCUUCACUUCAAAAUUGUCAAAACUCGUGCUGAACAAUACAACCCUGUUGAAGAAUGGAAUUCCUCAUCUUUCUGCAAGUGUCCUUUUUGUAGCAAACUGCUGCCGACGAAAGCUGCUUAUGAACUCCAUCGAGCGGUAUCCACUUUUGUGUUCUAUUCUUUUGAUUGA